CAGACGCACACAUACACACUCGGCCACGCGCGCGCAGCCUGGCCCCACUCGCGCAGCGCGGGCCUCCGCCGGCCGCAUUGUCCGCCAGCCUGUCCGCCUGCCCUGCGCCGUCCAGCGUCUCCGCUCCUGCGCGCCCUGGGCCGAUCUAAUCGCCGACUCGGCCCUGAGCUGAGCGCCGCCCGCGGGAUUCCGACGCGGGAAGGGGGCGCGCCCAGGCGGCGCUGCGGGCCUCGGACGCCCCCGACCUCGCACAGAGCAGCGGCGCAGCAGAUUCUGCAGGUCGAGGGUCCCCACCCGACCUCAUCAUGUCCCGACGAAGCCAGCGCCUCUCACGCUACUCCCAGGGCGAUGACGACGGCGGCAGCAGCAGCAGUGGCGGGAGCUCGGUCACGGGGAGCCAGAGCACCCUGUUUAAAGACAGUCCUCUCAGGACUUUGAAGAAGAAAUCUGGCAGCAUGAAGCGCCUGUCCCCAGCGCCACAGCUGGGCCCCUCUGACGGCCACACCUCCUACUACAGCGAGUCCAUGGUCCGGGAGUCCUACAUAGGCAGCCCCCGGGCCGCCUCCCUGGCCCGGAGCGCCCUCCUCGACAGCCACCUGCACAGCGACCCCUUCUGGAAUGAAGACCUGCGGGUGAGGCGGCGGAGAGGCACAGGUGGCACCGAGAGCAGCAAGGCCAACGGGCUGGCCGAGAGCAAGGUCUCCGAGGACUUCCUGGGAUCCUCCUCGGGCUACUCUUCCGAGGACGACUUCAUGGGCUACUCGGAUUCGGCCCAGCAUGGUUCAGGUUCACGGCUAAGGAGCGCCGUCUCUCGGGCAGGCUCCUUUUUCUGGGCAGUGGUCACGUCUCCAGGCCGGCUCUUUGGACUUCUCUACUGGUGGGUUGGCACCACCUGGUACCGCCUGACGACGGCUGCCUCCCUCCUUGACGUCUUCGUUUUAACCAGGCGCUUCUCCUCCCUGAAGACCUUCCUCUGGUUCCUCCUGCUGCUGCUGCUCCUGACCUGCCUGACCUACGGUGCCUGGUAUUUCUACCCAUACGGGCUGCAGACGGUCCACCCCGCUGUGGCUUCCUGGUGGGCAGCAAGGGACAGCAGGAGGCAGCAGGAGGCGUGGGACUCCAGCGCGGCCUCCCACUUCCAGGCUGAGCAGCACAUCCUGUCCCGGAUGCACACCCUGGAGCGGCGCCUGGAAGCUCUCGCUGCUGAGUUCUCCUCCAACUGGCAGAAGGAGGCCAUGCGGCUGGAGCGCUUGGAGCUGCGGCAGGGGGCCACUGGCCAGGGCGGUGGUGGAGGCGGAGGUGGCAGCCUGAGCCAUGAGGACACGCUGACGCUCCUGGAGGGUUUGGUGAGCCGCCGUGAGGCCGCCUUGAAGGAGGACUUCCGCAGGGACACAGCCGCGCGCAUCCAGGAAGAGCUGGCCACCCUAAGAGCAGAGCACCAACAGGAUGCCGAAGACCUCUUCAAGAAGAUUGUCCAGGCCUCCCAGGAGUCUGAGGCUCGUGUUCAGCAGCUGAAGGCAGAGUGGCAAAGGAUGACCCAGGAGUCGUUCCGGGAGAACUCCAUGAAGGAGCUGGGGCGGCUGGAGGGCCAGCUGGCAGGCCUGCGGCAGGAGCUGGCAGCCCUGACCCUGAAGCACAGCUCUGUGGCAGACGAAGUGGGCCUGCUGCCCCAGCAGAUCCAGGCCGUGCGGGAUGACGUGGAGUCUCAGUUCCCUGCCUGGAUUGGCCAGUUCCUCCUCCGAGGUGGGGGAACCCGCGCGGGGCUCCUUCAGAGAGAGGAGAUGGAAGCUCAGCUGCAGGAGCUGGAGAGGAAGAUCCUCGCCCACGUGGCAGAGAUGCAGGGCCAGUCGGCCAGGGAGGCCGCGGCCAGCCUGGGGCUGACGCUGCAGAGGGAAGGCGUGAUCGGGGUGACAGAGGCGCAGGUGCACCGCAUCGUGAAGCAGGCCCUGCAGCGCUACAGUGAGGACCGCAUCGGGAUGGUAGACUACGCCCUGGAGUCGGGAGGGGCCAGCGUCAUCAGCACCCGCUGCUCUGAGACCUACGAGACCAAGACAGCCCUGCUCAGCCUCUUCGGCAUCCCCCUGUGGUACCAUUCCCAGUCUCCCCGCGUAAUCCUCCAGCCAGAUGUGCACCCAGGCAACUGCUGGGCUUUCCAGGGGCCCCAGGGCUUUGCUGUGGUCCGCCUCUCAGCCCGCAUCCGCCCCACCGCUGUCACCUUAGAGCACGUGCCCAAGGCCUUGUCACCCAACAGCACCAUCUCCAGUGCCCCCAAGGACUUUGCCAUCUUUGGGUUUGAUGAAGACCUGCAGCAGGAGGGGACACCCCUCGGCAAGUUCACCUACGAGCAGGACGGGGAGCCCAUCCAGACCUUCUACUUUCAGCCCCCCACAGUGGCUGCGUACCAGGUGGUGGAGCUGCGGAUCCUGACCAACUGGGGCCACCCGGAGUACACCUGCAUCUACCGCUUCAGGGUGCAUGGGGAGCCCCACCACUAGCCCUUCCCCUCCUGCCUGCUGCCAGCCUCAGGAGGGAGGCCACCCCCUCAGCACACG